GAAAAUCACGUGCCACCGAAAAAUCAAGAAUUAAGGGAGGGCGAGAAGCGAAGGGUUUAUGGAUUUAUUUCCUCCAUAAUCCGAGCGCGUGUGGUAAAUCAGCAGCAGAAACGCCAUCUGUCUCAUCCACGCCGCCGAGCACUCAAAUUCGGUCCAGAUCGGCGAGAGACAUCUGCUUUCUGUUGGUGUGGUGGCUUCGACGCUACCCUAUCCACCCGGCACGGUAUUGGAAAGACCACUUCUCACCGUCUGCGAAAGGGAAAGUCGGGGUCCGGAAAUGAUAAUAGGACGAAUCCUACUUUAAACGGACAACAAUGGACACCGAGCUUUGAACAAUGCAUUUGUGAUCAAUAUACUGUUGUUUUUUAUAUAUCAAAUAGGCUAUCACGAAGAAUGCAUGACUUCAUUAUGCCUUGCUGCCUGGGAUGGUUACUGUGAGCGGGUCGUUGUGCGUCGAGGGGGGUGAUUCCAGCUACAGCCAAAAGGAUUUUUUUUUGGUCUUGGCAGGUCAAAGAAGGAUGUAUUACAAGUGGUGACACCAGUUUGCGGCUGUGUUUGUAUUGUGAAACCUCCACCGAUUUUGUGAUUUAUUUUGGGAUUACCCUGCAGCACCCAGGGAUAUUUUCAGCCUUUAAUUGAGGACAUUUUGACAGUUGCACAACGUAGAAGGAAUAUUAUACAUCCAUCAAGUCAGUCACUGAAUAGCUUGUGAAUGGGCUGGAAGGUAUCGCUAUCCAUGAUGCACUCUUGGACAAUUCGUUCCACUUUCUGCAAGGAUGAGCCUAUUUUGCGCAGUGCCUCUCAAAUAUUGACCAGAUUUGACUGAUCAGCUGCGCUGAAUUCAGCCCAACAGCGAAACUGGAUUGUAUUGUAUGAAAAACGCGUUUUACGCGCAAGCUGUGUAGCCUACGGGAACUUGGCGGUGGUACAGUUUGGCCUUGCUGACGCUCCGUGGAAAUGGGAGACAACAUGUCAAAGAGAUUAAAACUGGUCACCACAUCUGAAUCAGAGAUGGAGGAGAGGUCUUUUGUGAACCCAUUCCCGGACUGGGACCAAGGAGUCUUCACAUCAUCAAACUCAGGACAAGAUAGUGAUGGGAGCGAACCAUUUGAUGCCAACGGAAAGAUUAAGGAGGCUUUCGAGAAGAAACUGCAGAACAAGAUCAAAGACCUGCUGGUGCAGAUGGACGAAGGGCUCAAGACAGCCGACCCCCAUGACUACUCCACAUACACUGGCUGGACAGGCAUUGCUCUGAUGUAUCUGCAGUUGCACCGGGUGACCAGUGAGGCCUCCCACCUGCAGAGGGCGCUGGACUACGUGAAGCGCACCCUGAGGAGCUUGAGCGGCCGGCGGGUCACCUUCCUCUGUGGAGACGCUGGACCUCUGGCCGUAGGCGCAGUCACACACCACCGCCUCAAGAACCAGGCAGACACACAGGAAUGUAUCAGCAAACUUCUGCAGCUCCAGAGGUCAGUGUUGUCUCCCGAUUCGGACGUGCCUGACGAGCUCCUGUACGGUCGGUCCGGCUACCUGUUCGCCCUGCUCUACGUCAACAAGGAGAUCGGCCCCGACACCAUCGACGAGGCCACCAUCACCAAGGUGGUGACGGCCAUCUUGGAGUCGGGGAAGAACGCGUCCAAAGAGGAGAAGAAGACGGAGCGCUGCCCGCUGCUGUACGAGUGGCACAAGAAGCAGUACGUUGGCGCCGCACACGGGCUGGCCGGCAUCUACUUCACACUCAUGCAGCCCAUUGCCAAGGUGAAUCCUGAUAUCCUGAAUGAGCUGGUGCGGCCCAGCAUUGACUAUGUGCGGCACAAAAAGUUCCGCUCCGGCAACUACCCCUCGUCCCUCAGCAACGAGACGGACAGGCUCGUCCACUGGUGCCACGGGGCCCCGGGGGUCAUCCACAUGCUCCUCAUGGCAUACCAGGUGUUUAAGGAGGAGAAGUACCUGAAGGAUGCGCUGGAGUGUGGCGAGGUGAUCUGGCAGAGGGGUCUCCUGCGGAAGGGCUACGGCAUCUGCCACGGCACCGCCGGCAACGGCUACGCCUUCCUCUCCCUCUACAGGGUCACGCAGGACAAGAAGUACCUGUACCGCGCCUGCAAGUUUGCCGAGUGGUGCCUGGACUAUGGGACGCAUGGGUGCCGCAUCCCUGACCGGCCGUAUUCGCUGUUUGAAGGUAUGGCAGGAGCUAUCCACUUCCUCUCUGACAUCAGCCAGCCUGAGGCCUCCUGCUUCCCCGCAUUUGAACUUUGACCCCUGGGAGGGCGAGAAUUUGGAGAGAUGCACCUGGAGAAGGACUGACCUGGAGCUCAUGAGACCGCGGUGGCGCUCUGGAGCGGGAGGGGGGUCUGGCUCAGGGGGAUGGCAUGAUUCCUCAGGUUUUCCAUAUGGGGGGGUGGGGGUUCAGGGUGAGUUCUGGGAAGGGGGCUCCUUGUUGCUUCUGACAACCCACCUAGUGUCUUGCCGCAGGCACUGAUGCAAAAAAUGAAACCUUGAACGAGUCCCAAACCUUCAGCCUUUAAUGUCCAACGCCUACAAGUGGCCACCUCCAGUUCUGUAUGUGUUGCUUGAAGUCUUUGGCCCUGAUGAAGAUGUUAACUGUUUGUUCGUUCGAGGAGCAGGUGGUGAAUAGUCUUUUGUCGUGUGAGACUGUUGUUGUUGUUGUUUUUUUAAUAAGGAUAAGACUUUUUCUCUUCCUGUACUUUGCCUAUGGAUGAUAUAGUUUCAGUAAAUGGCGAACAAAGGGAUCCUGUGGCUUCCUUAUAAUAUGGAUCUUUGCUUCUGCAUGUCCGUACCCUCAUAGGCUAACUGUGCCUCUGUCCUUGUUCGUGUUUGUCCCUCGUUAUCCGUCUAUGUUCUUUGGUCAUCUCCAUUCUGCCCCCCCCCCCAGCCCAAUUCUCAGUCCCGUUGCUGUCAUCUGCUGCAUGGAACAGCAGCGCGUAUUGCCGGAAUGUUCUCCCUGCACGGCUCAAAAUCAAACUCGUGGUGUCCCUGUAACGGUGGUCAUGUAUCUUGAGCGUCCUGGUCGUGUCGUGUCUGUCUGUACUGUUAUGUCAGUUAUGUGUGUCAGUAUGUCGUGACCCCAAGUUGGUGAACGUAACUUUCAUGAAAUAAGUACUGUUGGAGCAGAGCCAAAAGAAUGACCUUUUUUUUUUGUUAUUGCUUUUCCAGUAAGUAUUGUUUCCUCGGGCAAACAGUGUUACUUCUGAAUGUUGCAAUAAACUGGGCUUCUUUCUUCUUGA